GUUUUCUUAUUCCUCAAUGAUUUUCUCUUCUGGGUAUACUCCGUUUCUGUAAAUUGGGUUUUCUUUAGGGACGAAGAGAAAAUUUUGAUCAUAUCCAACUUAAAAACUUUGAUAAGAUAUGCCCUGUUUCAAUGGGAAAGGGAACUCGAUGAAGGGUGUCAACAAUUUCUUCCCUUUUCUAUGUUUCAACAUUUUUCAUUUUCUUCUAAUUUUUCAAUUUUGAGCAUUUUCGUCUGAAAAUCUAUUCAAGAUCACAUGGUUGUUUAAUGUUGGUGCCUGGGAUGAGAGCUCCACUUGCACAGCUUUAUCUCGCUUAAUUAAUAAUGGGUAGGGUGAAACUGAAAAUAAAAAGGUUAGAGAGCUAUAGCAACAGACAAGUUACGUAUUCGAAACGAAGAACUGGAAUCUUGAAGAAAGCCAAGGAAUUAUCGAUAUUAUGUGACGUUCAUAUUAUCCUUCUCAUGUUUUCUCCAACCGGAAAGCCUACACUGUUCCAUGGAGAGCGCAGCUCUAUCAAAGAGGUUAUUGCGAAGUUUGCACAAUUAACGCCACAAGAAAGGGCAAAAAGGAAGCUGGAGAGCCUUGAAGCACUGAAGAAAACCUUCAAGAAAUUGGACCAUGAUUUAAACAUACAAGAGUUUCUAGGUGCAACCAGUCAAUCUGUCGAGGAAAUGACUAAUGAAGUAACAAUGUUGCAAGCUCGGCUUAAUGAAGUACAUAAGAGACUGAGCUACUGGAGUAAUCCGGAUAAAAUUGACAACAUAGAUCAUCUCAGGCAGAUGGAAGAUUCGCUAAGAGAAUCCAUUGAGCGUAUCCGGAUACACAAGGAAAACUAUGGAAAGGACCUUCUGCCACUAGAAUCCACUAGCCAGUUUCAGAAUGCGAUGCCUUUGCCUGUGAUGAUGGUUGGGGUGCAAGAAGGCCAGCCUGUUAAAUGGUUUCCGAAUAAUGACAAUCAGCAAAUGUUAUUGCAAAAUGAUCCAAACUUCCUCCCUAAUCUAGAUACGGAGUGCCCUACAGAUGGCUCCCUUGCUGGUUAUUCUGGUUUCUUUGCCUCUGGUAAACAAACUGAUAUCGGCAAUUCAGUACAAGUUGAUAAUAAUACAGUACAGGAAAGUAAUGGCCUGAAUGAGUUGGGGAGUAGUGCAUACUUAAAUUCCCAACUUGGUAAGCAAUUCUUGUACCCGCAAUAUACUUCUGCAAAUUUGCAAGAGGAUGAGAAGUUGAAGUCCGAGAUGGCAGGGAACUUACAAGGAAAUCCUGGAGUUUUCCAAGUUAUUACCGACUUUGAAGCCCCGAGACCCAUGUCUAAUAAUGGUUAUCAAGCUUGGAUAUCUUCUUCUGGCCCUUGUGGCAUUGCCAUGUUUGAUGGGAAUUCUUACCAUCAGCUUUCGAAAUCGACUUUCAUGAAUCAAACACCUCCAUCUGGCCAAUGCCAUAAUUUGUAGCUGAAGUGACUCACAGAUAUCCAUCCGAAUCCCAAACAUUUCCUGUUUAUGACAUUUUCUUCUGAUGGAAUUGAUCCAACAAUAGAGGUUUUAUGAUGGAAUCUGAUAUCUGGCCAUUGUUUCCUGCUGAACAUGAUUAUUGGCUUCUUCUGUAUAUGAACUUCCUUUUCAUUUCUUUGUUUUUUUUUCAUUUGUUUAAGCACAGUUUUAAUGGGGAUGGGUUUGAAAACUAAUCCCCCAAAUUGUACACUAAAAAUACUCUUUUAAAAUUAAGAUUAACAGUUACUAUCA